AUGGAUCUGCUUACUACAACCGUCUCCAAGACCGGCAGCACGCUGGGAAAGGGUGCCGGAUUGUUUGGAAAGACCGCUCUGAAUAUCGGAAAGACAGCUAGCAAUGCAGCUACCAAGACUGGAAGCGCUGUGGGCAAAGGAGGGGUUGCAGUGGGUCGUCUGGGAGUGGCAGCGGGUGGUGCUGUUGGAAAAACUGUAGCAGCUACUGGAGGGGCUGUUGGAAAAACUGUAGCAGCUACUGGAGGGGCUGUGGGAAAAACCGCAGUGGCUGCAGGAGGUGCCGUGGGAAAAGCUGGAGGUGCUGUAGGAAAAACUGCCAUUGUUGGUGCUUCCAUGGGUGUCACAGCUGUAGCGUCAGCCGGUGGUGCCGUGGGAAAAACUGCCGCCAGUACCUUGAAACGAACGUCUUCUGGCAACGGCCUUCGGAGGCGACGACAACAACAAGCCGAGGAUGUGACCUCUAUGGAAAUCUUUUGCUCCGAGUUUUACACCGAACAGUUUGUUCUGGAAGAGAUUGAAAAGGCCAAGAAAGACUCCAAAGUCAUCUUCCUUAAAUUUGAAGAUUUGAUUCUACGAGAACGGCCCAAACUCUUCCAGGCCGCCACUCAAUUGUUACGUGACACGGCAACCACCAUGGAGGACGUGGCGGACGAAAUGAUUCAGGACGAAUCCGAUAUGGAUAAUAGUUGGAGAAGCAUUGGAAGUCGAAGCCGCGGCCGACGCAACACCAACAAUAGCAACAAUAUCAAGAGGAUUUGGAGCGAAGUCUCCUUUGUGGACGCCAUUAGUGACUCUAUCGAUUAUCAAGCGUUUGUCCACGGAUUGGAUACGUUCCAAAAAAAGCUCAAACUCAAAAACGUCACCGGUGUACCCAUCAAAUUCAAAGCCAAGAUUGAACUCCACACCAUGAUGAGCGUGUCGGCUGUGCUCAUGCUGCUCAAGGAAAUUGAAGAAGAUGAAACCAUCACAAACAUCGAAUUCCCUUCGCUAUCCCGAAACAUCAAGAAAGUGCCGGCCGGGUUUAUUAAAAACUUUGACGUGAAUGCACAGCAAUGGAAAGAAGAUGCCACGUCGAUGGAGAUUUGGCUUCGGUACGGAGAACAAGAUCUGCUGAACGGAAGCCGAGGCCACAACAGCAGUGCAUAUGCUCUCAAUGUGCUUGACGACGAUGAUGACGACGACAUUUCUCCCCAGGAUAUCAUCAAAGCCUGUCGUCGCCGCUUGGACAAGAACUCACCGAAACGGAAAAAGAAGGCUGCUCGGACGAACAGUGCCUUGACCAGCGGCAAUAGUAGCCAUCACAGUGGUGGCACCAACAGAACCAGCGACGAUUCCUUCUCAUGGGCCGAAGAGUGUUCGGUGAUGGAAAAGAACGACUCGACACUGGACGAAUCGGGCCAUUAUGGCGACGACACCGAGAUGCCUGCGAAACGACCUUCGAGGCCCGUGCCACGAGAAAAAGCAAAGAGGGUCACUUCAUCGCCAACAUCUCCAAAGAGGGUGCCGAAGGAAGGAGACAAGCUUCGGGCAACAUCCGAGCACAUUUCGCCUCGUAGACCUCGUAGAACCGCGGCAACCAUGGAAACCCCGAAGUCGCCACUCAAACGAGUAUCAUCGGCACCAAAGUCGACAGUCAGUGGAACUGCCAAGCCCAAAAAACCAGUCUUGAGAACAGUAUCGGCACCCAAGGCAGCAGUCGACAGAAUCCCAAGGAAAACAAUCUCCUCGAACGAGACCACCAGUGACAAAAGAGAUGUCAUGAAGAAAGAACUAUCGUUCUCAUGGGACUCGGACAACGAAAUCCUGCAAAAGGAAGGUGUGGUCCCCCCGAAACUAGCCUCAGAGCCGGUGGUCCGCAAAGCAAGGCAACUGUCGCCCAAGAGAAACAGUGAAAAGCCAGCACCUCUUAAGGCGAAACCGUCCAAGGAAGGGAAAAAGCCCCGUGCUGUCUCUCUCAACAACGCACCCAAGAGAAAGCCAAAGGCUGGGCCGCCGAAAGCGUUGUCUCAAAGCAGCUCGCCCAAGCGAGACUCCGAUUCCAUGGACGACUCGUCCUCGCGUCGCCGCCUUCCCAGAAAUGAACCAAGAAACUCCGUGACGUUGGCAGCAGAAGACGCAACAACCCCCAAGAAGAGGAUAUCAGGCAGCAAAUCUUCACCAAAGAGUUCAUCCAACGCGUCUCCUAAGAAAUCACCCGCCAGCAAAUCUCCAACUCGACCAUUGUCGCCUGUGGCUACUCCUUCAGCCUAA